UCCACCAUAGUCCUCAUUCCACGUUGCUUCCUGUUGUAUCUCAGUGGAGAUACCAAUCUUGGUGCUGCUGUGCUGUUAGCACUUUCUAUUACUAAUCUCAAUAGCAGAAGGACAUUUGAUGCUAGGAAUCUACGAUUUAUAGGAGACCAGAUACAACAAACUUUUAAAACUAGCUUGGGCAAAAGUCGUUGGCGUUCCAGCAGUUUCGAAAUUCGGGGAGCGUAGCACUGAAAGUGUAUUGAGUUAAGCUUUAUUUAUUUUGCCGUGUGCUGGGGUUAGCAGUCUCAGUGGUGGUGUUUCGCCUAUUAAGAUGAUAACAAACGUUUGUUCGAGAUUAGUUCCGCUACAAGCUGGGGCGGCUAUCCCUCAUUUUGGUCGCGUUUGGCCAGUUCGCGCAUGGUAUAGUUCAACCGCGCACACUCUGCGCGUUCGAGAAGAAAUUGACAAGCGUCGUCAACAGGCAUUACUUGGCGGAGGCGAAAAAAGAAUCGAGGCUCAACAUAAAAAGGGCAAACUUACAGCUCGAGAGCGUAUUAGCCUUCUCGUGGAUUCGGGUUCGUUUGUCGAAUAUGAUCAGUUUAUGGAACACACCUGCGCCGACUUCGGCAUGGAAAAACAGAAGUUUGCGGGAGAUUCUGUCGUCACAGGCCACGGAGAGAUACAUGGACGACGAGUAUUCGUAUUCUCUCAAGAUUUUACCGUUUUUGGAGGAUCGCUUAGUUCUGUUCACGCUAAAAAAGUGUGCAAAAUCAUGGAUCAGGCCACCUUGGUUGGAGUUCCAGUUAUUGGUUUGAACGACUCUGGCGGUGCGCGAAUUCAAGAAGGCGUCGAAUCAUUGGCAGGAUAUGCAGACAUUUUUCUGCGGAACGUCACUUCGUCAGGCGUGGUACCGCAGAUUUCGGUGAUUAUGGGGCCAUGUGCUGGCGGAGCUGUCUAUUCACCAGCUAUGACUGAUCUUGUAUUCAUGGUGCAAGAUACUUCAUACCUCUUUAUCACGGGCCCGGAUGUCGUGAAGGCGGUUACGAAUGAGGACGUUACUCAAGAACAACUGGGCGGAUCAAAAACUCACACGCAAACAUCAGGCGUCGCGCAUGGUGCUUUUGAGAACGACGUAGACGCACUUACCCAACUUCGGCGUCUCUAUGAUUUCCUUCCAUUAAACAAUAAAGAGGGUCCUCCUCGUCGCAUUUGUCACGAUCCCUGGGAUCGACCGGUGUACUCUCUAGAUACUGUUGUGCCGCUGGAAUCAACUCAAGCUUACAAUAUGAUCGAUGUGGUACUUGAUCUAGUGGAUGAUCGUGAUUUCUUCGAAAUCAUGCCCAAUUAUGCCAGGAAUAUCGUGUGUGGUUUCGCAAGGUUGAAUGGGGAGACCGUUGGUGUCGUGGGUAACAACCCCAAAUACGCUGCAGGAUGUCUCGAUAUCAAUUCAUCGGUCAAGGGUGCUCGCUUCGUACGUUUCUGUGACGCAUUCAACAUUCCAAUUGUCACUUUGGUCGACGUCCCAGGUUUCCUGCCCGGGACGAGUCAGGAGUACAAUGGCAUUAUUCGACAUGGAGCGAAGCUACUAUAUGCUUAUGCAGAAGCAACGGUGCCGAAAGUAACUGUUAUCACCCGAAAGGCAUACGGUGGCGCUUAUGACGUGAUGUCGUCUAAACAUCUUCGGGGAGACAUAAACUACGCAUGGCCUACGGCUGAAGUUGCUGUCAUGGGCGCUAAAGGAGCUGUGUCUAUUCUUUAUCGCGGCUCAAAGGACGUUGCUAAACAGGAACAGGAGUAUAUCAAUAAAUUCACCAACCCGUUUUCCGCUGCUAUCCGCGGCUUCGUCGAUGAUAUCAUCGAACCCAACACGACCCGGAUGAGGAUCUGCAGGGAUUUAGCUAUGCUUCGCGAUAAAAAGGUCAACAACCCGCCGAAAAAACACGGCAAUAUCCCCUUGUAAUUGUGCCAAAGAGAACAUUGUGAAACAUAAACUGCGUAGAAAUUUGCCUAUUUCAUAUUUAUAAAACUGUUAUUCAACCAAAGACGGAAACGUUAUUAUUGGUUAACUGUACGUCGUAUCUAAAACCUUAUUUUAAACAAAGUCGUCAUAAUUGUAUUCUUGCUAUGGUUCUGUGAUAAGGCGAAUGUCUAUUUGGCCUGAGUUGUGCAGCUUGCUAAACAACGCAUAUUUGCCAUGAGAAAGUAGUACAUGUAGGUGGGUCUUCGAAGAAUAGGGUCUUUUGAAUUCCCUGUUGUAUUGUUACUUGUCACAUGAACGGAGUCGCAUGAAAGAACAAUCAAGAGGUGGUUACAGAUAUUGUACAAUCACUACGUAUAAUUCUAGAUAUGCUCAAUAGGCUUGUUUUUGUAUAUUACUCUAAAACGUUAACUGCUUACUGUAAAUUACAGCAGUAGAUAAAUGACGCUACUUUUACUCUUUUAGACACACUUUUAUCUAAAGUGUGUCUAAAGCAACUUAGUUUGUUGGACGAAUUUUCAACAUGCGCAACUCGUAAAACGAAGAUUUUUUCAAACGAAUAUUUUGCUGCAUUUUUCAUAGGUAGAGUGCAAAUUACUUUCACGUAAA